GCGGUGUAUGAUCCCGAGGCCGGGAGAAGCGGAGCAGUGUGAACACCGUCCUGGGAGUCAUCAUGAGGGCGACACGGACUUCUCACUGGCCGCUGUAGGACACGUAUAUGCUCCGUGUACCGCGGUCUGUUACAUUGUAUCCAUCCUAGACAGGACUGCUAUCUACACCGAUACAUUGUAACAGACUGUCAGGACGAGCUGCACUGUAACAACCCCUCAGCUGUGAAAGAUGAAUCCAGAAAAGCAGAAGGACGAGGAGAGCGAAGAUGAGAGUGAAGUCCUGGAGGAGAGUCCCUGCGGACGCUGGCACAAGAGGAAGGAACAGGUGAAUCAGGGUAACAUGCCCGGCAUCGAGAGCACGUUCCUGGCCAUGGACACGGAGGAGGGAGUGGAGGUCGUGUGGAACGAGCUGCAGUUCACAGACAAGAGGGUCUUCAAGUCUCAUGAGGAUAAGAUCCGCAACAUGUUCCAGAAGCUCAUGGUCGUCGAUCACCCCAACGUGGUGAAGUUCCACAAGUACUGGCUGGACGUGAAGGAGACCUCGGCACGGGUGGUCUUCAUCACGGAGUACGUCUCCUCGGGAAGCCUCAGACAGUUCCUGAAGAAGACGAAAAAGAAUCGGAAAACCAUGAACGCCAGGGCGUGGAAGAGAUGGUGCACACAGAUCCUGUCAGCCCUGAGUUACCUCCACUCUUGUGACCCAGUCUUCAUACACGGGAACCUGACUAAUGACACCAUCUUCAUCCAGCACAAUGGACUCAUCAAGAUCGGAUCAGUCUGGCACCGGGUGUUCGCCAACGAGCUGCCGGUUCCUGAUGACGUCCGCGCUCCAUUGAAACGUUUGCGGGAGGAACAGCGCACCAAGCACUUCUUUCCUCCAGAGUACGGCUCUGUUGAAGAUAGUACUGCGAUGGACAUCUUCUCCUUUGGCAUGUGUGCACUGGAGAUGGCCGUCCUGGAGAUCCAGACCAACGGAGAGAAGGUCUCCGAGGAGAACAUCAGCAAGGCCAUAAGCUCCCUGGAGGACACAAACAUGAAGGAGUUCGUCGCGCAGUGUCUUUCGGGGUCUCCAGAGCAGCGCCCGUCCGCGCACAGUCUGCUCUUCCAUCGGGUCCUGUUUGAGGUUCACUCACUGAAGCUGCUGUCCGCCCACUGCUUCCUCAGCGUCCCAUACGUGAUGCAGGACAACCUCCUGGAGGAGAAGACGAAGCUCAUCGACCCGCAGGCUAUCAUGGCCUCCAUACAUCGGAAAGGCCAGACACCCAUCCCGUGGAGGUAUUCUCAGGUGUCUGCUAUGGAGCUGGACAAGUUCUUGGAAGAUGUGAAGAAUGGGAUCUACCCCCUCAUGAACUUUGCUGUCUCUCGCCCUCACGUGUUGCCGCGCGCUCUCUCACAGUCGCAGGAAGACUUACAGACCUCAGAGACCCCCACACCUGAGCCCGUGGAGGUGGAGACCAGGAAGGUCGUACAGAUGCACUGCAACCUGGAGCGGCGAGAAGAUAAGGCUCGGAUACACCUCACCUUGUACCUAAAGUUGGAAGACAAGUUGCACCGGCACCUGAGCUGCGACCUGCUACCCAAUGAAAGUUCUCAGACUCUCGCCUCGGAGCUCGUGCACUACGGCUUCAUCAGUGAGGAAGACUGUCAGAAAAUGGCUAACUUCCUGGAAGACGCUCUGCACAAGUACCGCCCCCCUCUGAACUGACGGCCAUGUCUACCCUGGGAAAGAUGGUGAACAGGACGGCCAUAGAGUUGGCAGGUGCUACAGCAGACGAGGAGGGGCAAUGACCACUCUGUUUCCAGCCCUCUAGGAGCUUUGGCUCUGGCACUGAAGCCUCCAAAGGAGAAGUCCACCGCGAGAUCUGAACUCAGUCCAUCACUUUUUAACAGCAUUGUGUCGUUAAUCUCUUGGCAAUCAAGGAGUUAAUUGUGCAGUCUAUGCUACUUGUAACAAUGGGCCACACUAACCAGCUGCGAACGCGUCUCAUCCUGAGGAGGAGAUAAUAGCGGAAGCCAUGAAUAAUAUUAGAUCUGAUAUUAAUUCGACCCAUCUGCUCUCGGGUCCCUGGAGGUGGCGGAAAUGGAAUCUUAUGUCCCCAGAAUGACAGAAACGUGUCAGUAGUGAUUACUGCCAAAGCAUCCAACCUCCCCCUCCCCACAUGAUGAUUUAAAGGCGACACAAUGUUUACUGAACAGCACAAGGGCCACAGAUUAUAAAAGAGAACCCAUGUGA